AUGUCCAUCACCAUAGAAUCCCUUAAGUCCAAGAGAAAAAAUGAGUUAAAAGACAUUGCACAAGGAUAUGGAUUAAAUACAAAAGGUUUACGCUGGGAGCUUGAAGAUAGAAUCAGAGCACAUUUAAUAGAAAAUGAGGAAGAAAUUAUAGUUGACAGCGCUUCGGACAGCACCCCUGCCCGUCGCCCAGGUCGUAAGCUGAGCACCAGUAGUAAUAGGUCGAAAUCCAAGAAACAGAGUUCCCCAAAUGGCGGAGGAAGAGCGUCCGAGGAGGAAUCGGAGGCAUCGGAAGUCGAGAUCAAACAGGUGACCACAAAACGACAAAACAAUAUGGGAGAUUCUUAUCCCUAUUUGAAUCAGCAAUUGACUGUUGGACAAUUAAUACAGGAGGUCGCCGUCAAUACACGGUAUCGAUCAACAAUCAUUACCGAAGAAACGAGCACCCAACGGGGUUUGCUCAGAGAAAGUAUCACUGGACUAAACAACUAUAUCCUUCGAUUGAGGAAGGAAUAUUCCAACACACGAACAUUUAUUCAAUGCAUCAUAUUUUUUGAACUUAGUGUUUUUUUAUAUUGCGCAAUCGAAUGGAAUUUGAAGAUCGCUACCAUACCUAUCCCAUCAUUCAUGGGAAUGGCGGAGUCUUGUGAUCUACACGGACCCGAUAUAUUUGUUAUCGUUGAAUGGCAUCGUUUUUGGCGCCCGUUGACAGCAUUCCUUAUUUAUCUACUUUUGAUACCACUCGGUUUCUCAUAUGUGUUUAACCUCGAACCACAACGCCAUUCACUUAGUCCCCUAGCAUUUUCUGUUGCACAGUGCGGAAUUUUCUUGGCCACCGUUGGUCAUUUCGAUUGGGUCGAAGACGUUCGCGAUUUCAUCCCGGAAAAUUUGAUUUACGCCGGUUCCGCUCAAUCGAUUUUCUUCUACGUAGCCGAAAUUGCAUCGAGGAAGUUCUUGGACGAGUUGGAAGUUGUGGCAAUCUCUUCACAAACUGAUCUUUUCGUCAAACAAAGGUUAAUCGGAAUAUUAGGAGAACUGUCACAAAUGUUUCAAGAUGAACCGAGUUUGUGGCCGAUUUCUGAUCUCUAUGGCAGGCUCAUUGGCGAAUCCAUUCCACGUCCACGCCAGGUUGAAAUCGAUCCUCAAAGACGAACAAUAUCCUCGAUUCCGACGCAAGCUAUACCGGCAAAGCCAUCAAUAGAACAGAUUAUGGAUGACGUUGAGCUGGCAAAGAACAAUACUCAAUUAUUUGCACAAAUGAUUUCAUUCACCGAUCCCGAGAACGAAGAUAUUACAAAGAACGAGUUGAUCCAGGAAUUCCGCGGAAAAUGUGAAGCGUUAAGUAAGAGGAUCAUUCAAUACAUUUCUGAAAUGCAGGACGAACAGUGGUUAAGUACUCUAAUUUCGACAAAUCAGGAAAUUAUGAAUACGUUUAAGAUGUACGAUGAAAUGGUGGAACGAGGACAUGUUACAAUGGCAAAGAACAAAUCGAGGGAUGCAGCCGCAGGGAUCGAUUACGAGAAUGAGGAUCCGGAUAAUUGCGCCGGAGUUGGUGGCAGUGGAACAUCACAGCUAGACCCCUUUUCAGAUCUAAACGAGCUAAGAUCUGAUACAACAAUUCCUCGAAAGAGUGAAAGAUCUAAGGGCAAAAAGCCCGCGUCUAUAUAUUAUGACGAAGACAUAUUUAAUGAGGAUGAAUCGGAUAAGAAAACCCGAUCCCAAUAUCCUCCCAACCUAACCGAAUGCAGUCGACCCAACGAUAAUCGAAAUGACAUCAAUGGACGGCAGGAACACGCGGUCAUUUGA